AUGCUGCUCGGCCAGCUUCUCCCCUGGCUGCUUCUCGGCUAUGCCGGAGCGAAAUUGAUGUCCCAAUUGGCCGAGAAAGACGACUACCAAAAGUGUAUCCUCGGCGUGCACGAGAAUUUGGCGGCAUCGGCGAAUAUUACAGUGAUCGGGCUGACGGCUGGCUGUCAAUACUAUGAGGCGCCGUUGAGUUCGGUUGAGGAGGCCUCAACGAUGCUGCAAAAGCUCGGCUUCGGCGAGACGCGCUUCCAGUACAUGCACAUGGGCAAAGAUUGUCGCGGCAUCAAGGUGUUCCCCGUGAAUGUGCGCGUCCGAUUCCCGCACGGCUACGAGAACAAGCACUUCCGCAUCGCCAUCCGCAUCAUCGAGGACAAGCUGCAGCUGUACUUCCCACCAAAGGUCGAAACGGACCUAAUCAAGCACGCGCCUCAAAGUGACCACCACAGCCCCUUCGCCGACAUCAAAUACGUGCAGCUGCAGCUGAAGAUGUACCGCGCCAUUUUUACCGACGAGCUCAUGUGGCCGCCGACGACGACGCGGUGGAGCCGGAAAUUCCGUGAUUGUUCAAGAAAAGCGAUCCACGAGAAAAAGUGCUUCACGUCCAAGCUGUCCAUCACCGAUAUUUUCCAGAUUCGCGAGACGCUGUUGGCGCUGGUGCGCGACAAGGAGGACAUCUACCUCUACCAGGUGCACAUCGAGUUCAACAGCAUCACCGGCGAGGCCAGAGCUUAUCUGCGCCACAUGUUCAUGAUGCCGCCCGACCUGUUCCCGAACAAGUACUCCGCCACCGCCAACACCCUCGUCAAGCACGGGCGCACGUACAUCUACGCGUCGAACAAGAACGACGUGUCGUGGGCGGCGAACAGUCUGCGCGCCAUGGACUUUUACGAGAUAUUGGUCCAGGAGCCCAAGUUGAAGGUGGUGAACGUGCAGCCGUUGCCGGCCUACUUCAGCCCGUUCUCGCUGACGCACGAGUACGCGGCCGUUCAUAACGAGACCGUCAUCCUGCAGCGUGUUGAACGCGGCUGCGACUCGUUCUUCGGCGUGCCGAACUUUGUGGACAACGUCUGGUUCUCCGGCCUCGAGUUUAUCAGUCUGUCGAUGGCCCGUCGACCGCUCGACUCGAUGUUCCCGAAGAAGUCGAUGCCGGAGGGCAAUAAACGAGAGAACAACGUCCGCAUCGUGUACAUCUCGUUCGCCUGCUUCUUCAUCUUGUUCACCAUCGUCCGCCACAUCCCGCAGCUGAUCGAGAUGAUCCGCCGGCGUCGCGGCACGCGCCACAGCAGCCGCGCCGAGCGCAAACGCAGCCACAGCCACGGCUCGAUCACGCCGAACACCGUCGACUACGACGGCGCCGAUGCGGCCGGUGGAAGGAAUUCAUUCCCGCGCCCCCAAAACAAGGACAGCGGCGGGAAUACGCUGAGCGAGAAGGAGUCGCCGUUCCCCGUUCAAGAGGGGAGGAAGAGC